AUGGCACAUUCUGUUACUGAGCAAGAAGACGUGGUCCCCACAGGCCCUCCCUUUUCUGUUGAUAUACCAUCUAUAAAAAUUGUUACUUCAGUAAUUCCAUUAGAAGAUACUGAUAUAGGGGAACUUGAAGAUGAUGCAACUCAGCAAUUGCCUGCAGAUGUCAGUCAAGUUUAUCCACAUUCAGUGGUGCAUGGGUAUAUCUGUAAUAUCAUCAACACUGGUUGUUUUGUGCGUUUCAUUGGGCGUUUGACUGGUUUUGCUCCUAAAAACAAGGCUAUUGAUGACCAAAGAUUUGAUCUUUCUGAAGUGUUUUUUGUUGGACAAGUUGUUCGUAGUAACAUACUUGAAGCAUUCAUAGAAAAAUGUCUGGUUCCAGCAACUGAAAGAUCAUCUGCUGGAAAGAGUCUAGAAGAUCCUUUUCUAAAAGAGGCAACACCAAGAUCGUUGAAUUUCAUGGAGAUUGAUCAAUCUGUAUGUUUAAACACCAAAAAUGGAGUUGCUGAAUUCAAGAGGAUUCAUCAGCAAAACGAUUUUAGGUUGAAAGGGAUAAAGAAUGAUGACAAUUCGGUUUCUUUGACCUUGCGGAUUGCUGACCCAUGUGAUCUAAAUAUUUGCAUCUGGUUUCAGGGGUUACUCAAGGAAAAUGCAAAUGGUAGCAAAUACUGGGCAUAUGGAGGUGACUUUGGAGAUUCACCAAAUGAAUUAAAUAUCUGCUUAAAUGGUCUCAUAUGGCUUGAUCAGACUCCUCAUCCUGCUCUAAAUGAGGUCAAAUAUUGCUAUCAACCAAUUAAAAUUUCGUUCACCAAUGGCAUAAUUAAGAUUACAAACACCAAUUUCUUUCAAACAACAGAAGAUCUAGAGAUUAAUUGGGUGAUUGAAGGUGAUGGACGUAAACUUGAUUCUGGAACUCUCAGUCUACCAACAUUAGAGUUUAAUUGGGUGAUUGAAGGUGAUUUUUGUUCUUGA